GGCCGGGGGCGUGGCCACGCCACGCGCGGGAACUUCCCGGAACCCCCCAAAGAUGCAGCUGCUGCGGUUCUUCGUGCGCCCGGGGGGGGUCCCGGAUCUGGGGGUGCCCUCGGGGCUCCGGAACCCGCUGGAGGCGGCCAAGGACCAGGAGCCGGCGGUGACGGGGCUGAGCUGCGAGAUCUGCUACUACCUGGGCUGGGACGGGGAGGCGGAGCCGAGCGCGGAGGAGCUGCGGGUGCUGCGCUGGAUUUUGGGGUCCCCCCUGGCUCAGGGCUCCGACGUGGCCCAGAGGAGCUUCCUGAGCCCCCGCGGGCCCCACCUGCUGCUGGAGAUCGGCCCCAGGCUGGGGGUGUGCACGCCCUUCUGCACCAACGCCGUGUCCCUGUGCCGCGCCGCCGGGCUCGGCCGCGUCCGACGCCUCGAGAGAUCCCGACGGCUCCUGCUGGAGCUGGCGCAGCCGCUGCCCGCGGAGGCCGGAGCUCGGCUGGGCCGUGCGCUGCGGGACCCAGUGACGGAGCAGCUCUACCCGCAGCCGCUGCAGAGCCUGGAGCCGCCCGCGGAGCUGCUCCACCUCCACCCGCAGCCCGCGGAGCAGCUCCACGCGGAGCAGCUCCAUGCGGAGAAGCUCCACCUCCACCCGCAGCCCGCGGAGCAGCUCCACCCGGAGCAGCUCCACCCGCAGCCCCGUCCGGCUCCAGUCCGCACCAUUGAUGUCCUGGGCCGUGGGGAGAGCGCCCUGAGAGAGGCGGAUCAGGAGAUGGGCCUGGCCUUUGACUCGUGGGAUCUGGAGUUUUACACGCGGCUGUUCCAGAAGAUCGGCAGGAACCCGACCUCGGUGGAGCUCUUCGACCUCGCCCAGAGCAACAGCGAGCACAGCCGCCAUUGGUUCUUCCGGGGUCACCUGUCCAUUGACGGCACACCUGUGCCCGGGUCCCUCCUGCGCUCCCUGAUGGACACCCAGAGCUGCUCCAACCCCAACGGCCUCAUCGCCUUCUGCGACAACAGCAGCGCCAUCCGGGGCGUGUCGGUGUCGGCGCUGUGGCCGCAGGACCCGACCCGGCCCAGCCCCUUCCAGAGGAGAACGAGCGUCCGGCACGUGGCGCUGACCGCCGAGACACACAACUUCCCUACGGCCGUGGCCCCGUUCAGCGGCGCCACCACCGGCACCGGGGGGCGGAUCCGGGACGUGCAGUGCACCGGGCGGGGGGCGCACGUCAUCGCCGGCACCGCCGGCUACUGCUUCGGAAACCUGCUGAUUCCCGGGUACGAGCAGCCCUGGGAGGACCCGCAGGCCCCGUACCCCUCGGCCUUCGCCCGGCCCCUGGAGGUGGCCAUCGGCGCCAGCGACGGCGCCAGCGACUACGGCAACAAAUUCGGGGAGCCCCUCCUGGCAGGUUUCGCCCGCUCCUUCGGGCAGGUGCUCCCCGGGGGGCAGCGCCGGGAGUGGAUCAAGCCCAUCAUGUUCAGCGGCGGCAUCGGAGCCCUCGAGGACGAACACGUGCGCAAAGAGCCCCCGGAGCCGGGGAUGUUGGUGGUGAAGUUGGGGGGUCCCGUCUACAGGAUCGGCGUGGGGGGAGGGGCGGCCUCCUCCAUCCAGGUGCAGGGGGACAACGAGGCCGAGCGGGAUCUGGGGGCGGUGCAGCGCGGGGACCCCGAGAUGGAGCAGAAACUGAACCGGGUCCUGAGGGGCUCCAUCGAGAGCGGCGCCAAAAACCCCGUCAGCUCCAUCCACGACCAGGGGGCGGGGGGCAACGGCAAUGUCCUCAAGGAGAUCUCGGAGCCGGCCGGAGCCGUCAUCUACGCCAGCCGCUUCCAGCUGGGUGACCCCACCCUGAGCAUCCUGGAGCUGUGGGGGGCCGAGUACCAGGAGUCCAACGCGCUGCUGGUGCGGCCCGAGGCGCUGCCGCGGCUGCGGCGAAUGGCGGAGCGGGAACGGUGUCCCCUGAGCGUGGUGGGGACGGUCACCGGGGACGGACGGAUCGUGCUGGUCGAUGACCGGGAGGCGCCGGUGCCCGAGGGGGGGUCCCACGAGGGGCUCCCCACCCCCGUCAACCUGGAGCUGGAGUGGGUGCUGGGCAAGAUGCCCCAAAAGGAGUUCGCGCUGUCCCUCGCUCCCCUGCCCCGCCGCCCCCUGAGCCUCCCCCCGGGGCUGUCGGUGCCGAUGGCGCUGGAGCGGCUCCUGCGGCUGCCGGCGGUGGCCAGCAAGAGGUACCUGACCAGCAAGGUGGACCGCUCGGUGACGGGGCUGGUGGCCCAGCAGCAGUGUGUGGGUCCCCUGCACACGCCGCUGGCCGACGUGGCCGUGGUGGCCCUGUCCCAUUUCGGGGACACCGGCGCCGCCACCGCCAUCGGCGAGCAGCCGAUCAAGGGGCUGCUGGACCCCGGCGCCGGCGCGCGGCUGGCGCUGACCGAGGCCCUCACCAACCUGGUGUUCGCCAGGGUCACACACCUCAAGGACGUGAAGUGCUCGGGCAAUUGGAUGUGGGGCUCCAAGGUGGGCGCGGAGGGCGGGGCGCUGGUGGCCGCGUGCCAGGCGCUGGUGGCACUGCUGCGCCGCCUGGGCGUGGCCGUGGAUGGCGGCAAGGACUCGCUCAGCAUGGCCGCCCGCGUGGGCAGCGACACCGUCAUGGCGCCCGGCUCCCUGGUGAUCUCGGCCUACGCCGUGUGCCCCGAUGUCACCGCCACCGUCACCCCCGACCUCAAGUGUCCCCACGGCCGCGGGAGUCUCCUGUGGGUGCAGCUCAGCCCCGGGCAGCACCGCCUGGGCGGCUCCGCCCUGGCCCAGGUUUUUUCCCAAUUGGGCGACGUCUGCCCCGACCUGGACGAGCCCGGGAACCUCGAGAGCGCCUUCAACGUCACCCAGCAGCUGCUGGAAGAGCGGGUGCUGACGGCGGGACACGACGUGAGCGAUGGUGGCAUGUUGGGCUGCCUGCUGGAGAUGGCCUUCGCCGGCAACUGCGGCGUCACCGUCACCGUCCCCGCGCCGCCGCCCGGCGUCACCCCGCUGGCGCUGCUCUUUGCCGAGGAGCCGGGUCUGCUGCUGGAGGUGCCACCGGCAGCCGCUGUCCCCGUGUGCCGCCGCUACCAGGACGCCGGUGUCACCUGUGUCCCCAUCGGCCACAGCGGCCCCUACGGCCCCCGCGCCAUGGUGACGGUGGCCGUGGGUGGCCAGGAGGUGCUGGCCGAGCCGGUGGGGGACCUUCGGGCGCUGUGGGAGCAGACGAGUUUCCAGCUGGAGCGGCUGCAGGCGGCGCCGGCCUGCGUGGAGCAGGAGGAGCAGGACCUGCCCACGCGGUGGGGACCCGAGUACCAUGUCACCUUCGACCCCGACUACGUGGCACCGGUGGCGCGGAGCAUGGAGCUGCCGGGGCCGCGCGUGGCCGUGCUGAGGGAGGAGGGCAGCAACGGCGACCGGGAGAUGGCGGCGGCCUUGGCCAUGGCCGGCUUCCAGGUGUGGGACGUGACCACGCAGGAUCUCUGCUCCGACGCCGCCUCCCUGGACGGGUUCCGGGGUUUGGUUUUCGUGGGCGGCUUCAGCUACGCCGACGUGCUGGGCUCAGCCAAAGGCUGGGCGGCGUCGCUGCUGUUCCAGGCGGGGCCGCGGCAGCGGCUGCAGCGAUUCCGGAACCGCCCGGAGACCUUCAGCCUGGGGGUGUGCAACGGGUGUCAGCUGAUGGCGCUGCUGGGCUGGGUGUCACCGCCAGGUGACAGCCUCACGGACCCGUCCCCUCAGGUGGCGCUGGAGCGGAACCUCUCGGGGCGCUUCGAGUCGCGAUUUGUCACCGUCCGCGUGGAACCAGGACCGGCGCUGCUGCUGCGGGGGAUGGCGGGAGCGCGGCUGGGGGUGUGGGUGGCGCACGGGGAAGGCCGUUUCCAGUUCCGGCCGCCCUCGGCUCUGGACCGCUGUGUCCGCUCCGGCCUGGCCGCUCUGCGCUACGUGGAUGACCGCGGGGAGCCGACGGAGCGCUACCCGCUGAACCCCAACGGCUCCGGCCGCGGCGUGGCGGCGCUGGUGUCGCCCUGCGGCCGGCACCUGGCGGCCAUGCCGCACCCCGAGCGCGCCGUGCGCCGCUGGCAGAGCCCCUGGGCCGGCCGCGGUGCCGGGGUCGGUGCCGGGGUCGGUGUCGGUGUCGGUGUCGGUGCCGGUGCCGGUGUCGGUGCUGACCGCGGCCAGGCCGGCAGCGGGCCCUGGCUCAGGAUGUUCCACAACGCCAUGGAGUGGUGCCUGCGCUGGCCCGACGGGGAGAAGUGACCGAUGAGUGACCGAUGAGUGACCGACUGACCACCGAGUGACCAACUGACUGCCCAGUGACCGACUGAGUGACCAUCCCCUGGAUACCCCCUGGAUAUCCCCCCUGUGACACUGAGUGCCAAGUGACCGACGAGUGACCAACUGACCACCCAGUGACCAACUGACCGCCCCUGGAUAUCCUCUCUGUGACACUGACCGCUGAGUGACCACUGAGUGACCGGCCAGGGACCGCCCAGUGACUACCCAGUGACCAACUGACCACCCCCUGGAUAUCCUCUCUGUGACACUGACCACUGAGUGACCACUGAGUGACCACUGAGUGACCGCCCAGUGACCGCUCAGUGACUGCCCAGUGACCAAUGAGUGACCAACUGACUGCCGAGUGACCAACAAGUGACCGCUGAGUGACCAACAAGUGACCGCUGAGUGACCAAUGAGUGACCAACUGACCACCGAGUGACCAACUGACCGCCCAGUGACCACUGAGUGACCACCGAGUGACCAACUGACCGACGAGUAAUCGACAAGUGACCACCCAGUGACCACUGAGUGACCGACAAGUGACCAAUGAGUGACCAAUGAGUGACCGACAAGUGACCGCUGAGUGACCACCCAGUGACUGCCCAGUGACCACCCAGUGACCAUCAAGUGACCGCUGAGUGACCACCCAGUGACCAACUGACCACCCCCUGGAUAUCCCCUCUGUGACACUGACCAGUCACUGACCACUGAGUGACCACCCAGUGACCAGCCAGUGACCGCUGAGUGACCAACUGACCACCCACUGGAUACCCCCUGGAUAUCCCCUCUGUGACACUGACCACUGAGUGACCACUGAGUGACCACCAACUGACCGCCCAGUGACCGCUGAGUGACCGCCCAGUGACCAACUGACCGCCCAGUGACCACUGAGUGACCAAAAAGUGACCGCUGAGUGACCAACGAGUGACCGACUGACUGCCCAGUGACCAACUGACCACCCCCUGGAUAUCCCCUCUGUGACACUGACCAGUCACUGACCACUGAGUGACCGCUGAGUGACCGCCCAGUGACCACUGAGUGACCGACGAGUGACCAACGAGUGACCAACUGACCACUGAGUGACUGCCCAGUGACCAACUGACUGCCCCUGGAUACCCCCUCUGUGACACUGACCACUGAGUGACCGCCAAGUGACCACCCAGUGACCAUCAAGUGACCGCCAAGUGACCAACUGACCACCCCUGAAUACCCCCUGGAUAUCCCCUCUGUGACACUGACCAGUCACUGACCACUGAGUGACCAACUGACCACCCCCUGGAUAUCCCCUCUGUGACACUGACCACUGAGUGACCAAUGAGUGACCGACGAGGGACCGAUGAGUGACCAACUGACCGCCCAGUGACCACUGAGUGACCAACAAGUGACCGACGAGUGACUGCUGAGUGACCAACAAGUGACCGCUGAGUGAUCACCCAGUGACUGCCCAGUGACCAAUGAGUGACCAAGGAGUGACCAACUGACCAAGUGACCAAUGAGUGACCGACUGACCCCCCCGUGACCAAC